GCCUCCAAUAUGUACUGAAUAAACUGGGCUUCAAGAUUCAAACAUUCACCCUUAGCUAAGCCCUACUAUAAAUAUCCAUACUGCUUCACUCUCCAAAAACCCUAAAUCCCCGUAGCAGCUUCUUCCUUCUCUCAGGUAAGUUGGUGAAUUUAUUGUAGGGUUCAGAAUUUCUACCUAUCCAAAUGGCUCCUAAAGGUGAUUCAACCAAAAAAACUGACCCUAAGGCUCAAGCCGUCAAGGCUGCCAAGGCUGUCAAGUCAGGAUCAACCUCUAAGAAGAAGUCACAAAAGAUAAGGACAAAAGUCACAUUCCACCGUCCUAGAACUUUGAAGAAGGAUAGAAACCCCAAGUAUCCUCGUGUUAGUGCACCUGGAAGGAACAAGCUUGAUCAGUAUGCCAUUCUCAAGUAUCCUCUCACCACCGAGUCUGCGAUGAAGAAGAUUGAAGACAACAACACUCUUGUUUUCAUUGUGGACCUCAAAGCUGAUAAAAAGAAGAUAAAGGAUGCUGUGAAGAAGAUGUACGACAUUCAGACAAAGAAAAUCAACACAUUGAUCAGGCCUGAUGGUACAAAGAAGGCAUAUGUGAGGUUGACUCCUGACUAUGAUGCUUUGGAUGUCGCCAACAAGAUUGGGAUCAUCUAAAUUAAUGGCCUGUUUAGUAUUUUAAGAGAAUUUAGAAUAUUUGAUUUUUGUUUCUUUGAACACUUGAAUGCAAGUGCCUUGUGUUUUGGAUUCUAAAUUUUGCAUUUCAGAGACGUAUUUGCUCCAUAUAUAAGGGAAUUUCAACCU